AUGGUCGUCAACAGCCUUCUUGGGGACCUGGGUCUCCCCUAUCAGCUGGUGAACAUGCGAAUGGGCGCCAACGGCUUCGAGUCAGCCGACGGUACCGUCAACCACGAGCAGUACCUCAAGAUCCACCACCUUGGCUAUGUACCCUGUCUUCUCGUCGACGGAGUAUCUAUCACCGAAAUGCCUGCUAUUCUCACGUACAUUGCCAACCUCGUCCCCGAGAAGCGCCUCCUGGGUGACAAUCUUAUCGAACAGUCUUUGGUCCUCGGGUGGGCGGCCUGGCUUUCCGGAUCGCUGCAUGGCCGUGGCUUCGGUGCCCUCUUUCGGCCGGCACGAUUCACCGACAAUGAGUCACAUUACAGCGAGAUCAAGGCCAAGGGCCUAUCGUAUGUCAAUGAGUGCUACAAUCUUAUUGACAAGCGACUGAAAGGACGGGACUUUCCUGUCGGCAACCACGAGACCAUUAUCGACUUCAAUCUCAUCGUGUUCUACUUUUGGGGCCUGGAGCAGAAUAUUGACAUGGCACAGGCCUACCCGGAGUACGACAGGCUAUUUGUACGCAUGUCCAAGAAGGCGGCCGUAUCCAAGAUCGACAAAUUUUCUCGGACUGCGUUGGUAUUCGUUGCCGACGAAUAA